AUGGACCUCUUGCUCGAUGACCAGCGUGAGACACCGUCGUUUUCUAUGGGUCUUUUUGCGGACCGUGUCAACAGCAUCCUUGAGGCACCGCUACCAAAAUGUCUUCUAUUGAAGGGGGAGAAGGCGGGCGAGCGUUUCAUCGGCAGCACUGUGGGACUGAGUCCGCGUGGAGCUGUGUCGCCGCGGCGUACCACCAUCAGUUCCUCCGCUGUUACUACAGCUGUAAGAGGGAAUGGCUGUGCUUCCCAGCAGGGGAAACCGAUUUACGAGGCAUUGCUUGAAAGGGGACGACUGAUGUCAGAGAAGAAGGAGGCAAUGCGACUACAGGCACUAGAGGAGGAGCUCAGUGAGCUGCGCCCGGCACCGAGUAUCACUUACGCAGCGGCACGGAACACCCCGCGAAGACAGCAGCGGAUAGAGGACCGCCUGCUGCAGCGGGCGAAGGAGGCAGAGAUGCGCCGGGAGCUUCAGGCAAAGCAGCGUAAAGAAGAACUGUUGAAGGAGAUGAGUGUCAUUGCCCCGUUCCAGCCGAAUAUAUCACGCAAGGGCCGAAAGGCAACCCCAAGGGCUCGCAAUAUGGCAGAAAAAACUCAGAUGGACUGGAAUCGUCAGCGCGAGCAGCGUAGAGAGGCGGCGCGCACUGCGAAGUUGAUGCAUGAGCUGAGCGAAGUUCGGGGUACGCCAGUUAUCAACCCGCGCUCGGAGUGCCUUGCAGCUCGCCGUCGGAAGAAAGAGGGUCUUUUGGGCAUGAGUGCGGUGGAUGCGCUUAUAGAGCGGGAUCGCAUUGCACAAUUGAAGAGAUGGGAACGGCACGAACUUGAAAAACGAGCUGAGCAAAUCCCUCAAAUUACAUUAUACGCCGCCACCCUUCAGAGAGAUGGUGAUGCGGCAGAGCGGUUAUACGCGGAAAGUUACAAGAGGGAAGAACGCCGCUUGCGGCAAGAGGAACAGCUCAUAUCAAAUGGUGCGGCACCUUUUACCCCAAGAAUCAGUCCACACGCGGCCACGACACCGCGUUUCCGUAGUGUAGAGGAUGAGCUUAUGGAGAAACACAUGCAAAGCAUCGCAUUGAAAGAGGAAGCCCAGCAACGGGAAUGUGAGCAGGAGUCACGAUGUCAUCGGCCUAUCAUCAAUCCUGUAAGUGAGGCGAUUGCAUCAAAGCUUCCUGAGAGUACAUGCGAGCGUCUGUAUCGUCAAACGCGGGGCACGCCCAAACACAGAGAUCCUGCAUCAAGGGACUUAUCAUUUUCAGAGAGUUUUAUUAGUGGCAGCCGUGUGGCUUCUCUUCCCGAAUCCAUGGCAGAGUCAUUGCAGUUCUACGAGGAGUCUCGGCAAGAGAGGCUGCGGAAACUUCGGGAGGAACAAGAGAGAAUUCAACAUAAGGAGUGUACAUUUGCGCCUCUUACAAACAAACGAGAUUCUCAUUUUGGCGGCCCAGAAGAUGUUGCCGCAAGAAACCAGCAGUGGCUUGCACGCAAAGAACGGAAGUUGCGUGAGCUGCGUCGAAUGAAGGAAGCAGAGAAGGUGAAGGAUUGCACCUUCAAACCGGAGCGAGAAAGUCCAACAGUUAAUUCCACACGCUAUGGGGAGAGUGUGUAUGGCGGUGAUGGGACGCCCUGGGGUGUACAGGAGUACUUGGAGCGGCAGGAAGAGGCCCGCCGCAUCAAGAGAGAGCGUGAGAUGCGGCUGCAGCGACGCCCAUCAUCUGCUCCGCGUCCGUCGACGACGACCCCGCAAGAGUUUCUUUUGGGUAGACGUGACGGCGUUUCUGUGCGCAGCCUGCGACGUCCUCCGCAGGUGUCUCUCAUGUCACCUGGAAAGGAAGAUGACCCACCUAUACCACAAGAGCCACAACAUAAACAUGAGAGUGGUUUGUCUGUAUAUGAGCGCAUUUACAAUCGUAUCUACGACACUGUUGCUAGUGGCGGCGGCCUUGGCAAAAUUGGCGACAGUGAUGGAGCAGAGACCUCACUUUGCAUUGCUUCUUCCUUUUAUCGUUGA